AUGAAAGGAUCAAUUCUCGGUUUAACAUUAUGUUUUAUUUUUUUAUUAAUUAUACAAAAAUCAACAGUACAUGCUGAAACAUGUUUACAUAAUGAACGUUCAAAAUGUACUCAAGUUCGUAAUGCUAAUGAAAUUACAUCCAACGAAAAUGAUCAUUGCCAUCAUUUAUGUAUUCAAACAGGACAUGCAGCAGGACAUUGUUCAUUAGAAUCGAAUUGUUUUCAAUAUUGUUUAUGUAAUGAAAAAGAGCUAUGA